GACUGCAUGACAUCACCACUGUAUCUUUCCAAGGGAGAAGGAUCUAGACAGAGGCGUGUAGCCUAACCGCACCGUUUUAACCGGGCAUGGUCCUCGGCUGAGUAUUUCCUCGUUUCCUCGCGUAGUUGCAGGUCAUUAUGAUCUACGGACCCACCUACGACCUUGCUUGAACGCCGUCGUUAAAUGAAACAAGGCAAUUCAUUACAAAUGGAAACAUUUGUGCUUUCUUAGAGGGAAUCGGGGGCGAUCGGCUGUUUUCAGAGAAUUGUACAUUUCCCGUCCUGCUUAGAAAUUAGAGAAAGCGAUUAGUGAGCAGCCGGACGGUGAGCGAUACCUAUUGUCGAUAGACAGGUCUUGUAUAGACCAAAAUUUGGAUUCCAGCUACCUUAAGUUGUAAAAAAAAAUAUUUAUUCAUAGGCCUGCAUCUCACUGUUUACGGAUACGGCAAGCAAAUUCAGGUUUCAAAUGGUUGUCUACGAAGAGGAGCACUUGCGUGUGGAUUUUCCACAUCUCAGUUCAGUUUAGACAAGCUGCAAAGGAAGGGCUCCGGGAUUGAUGUGAAGCGGGGUAUGAGAUAAGCAUCUUUUAAGUCGCCCGGCAGCCGCGCAGCCGCCGUAGCUCUCACUGAGACCCAGCCUACGGCUCACAACGUAUAUGAACUUGGCUGGCAUGUUCAGCCCAUCGGUGCUGGCUGUAGGCUGCGCUCGGUCAGAAGACUGAAGGGGGUGUCUGAGCGGGCUGCACGCAGGGGAGCUGUCCGCGCUUCCGUGGUGCUGAUGCGGCUCUGAAAGAAGCGAGCAUGGCUGCCGGGAAGCUGCUGCUGUACGCCGGCCUGUCCCUAUCGCUGUGUGCCCUGGGUAUGCUGGCCGUGGCGAUCUGCUCCAACCACUGGUACGAGACGGACGCCCGGAGAUACAAGGAGCGCUGCAGAAGUUUCUCCAACCGGAGGAACGACCCGGGCUUUAUUUACAUUCCCAACAACAGCCUCCCGCUUCGAGCGAGUAGGUCCAGGCUGGAUCGCUGGGAGGAGAAGCUCCUGCUCACCCGCAAUCGGAGGCAGCUGUUCGCCAUGAGCGCGGCAGACGAGUGCAGCCGGCAGUACAACUCCACUAACAUGGGGCUGUGGAGCAAAUGUCACCGGCAGGGCUUCGAUCAGGACAUCGAGGAUCUCAUUCGUAAAGGUUCCAUCACAAGGUGCUCCUUCAUCAAGUACCAUUACUCCUCGGCCACUAUUCCAAGAAACCUCUCCUACAACAUCACCAAGACCAUCCGUCAGGAUGAGUGGCACGCCCUGCACCUGAGGCGCAUGACUGCCGGCUUCAUGGGGAUGGCGGUGGCCAUCAUCCUCUUCGGCUGGAUCAUCGGGGUGCUCGGCUGCUGUUGGGACCGUGGCCUCAUGCAGUACGUGGCCGGCCUGCUCUUCCUCAUGGGAGGUACCUUCUGCAUCAUCUCCCUGUGCACCUGCGUGGCCGGCAUUAACUUCGAGCUCUCACGCUACCCCCGCUACCUGUACGGGCUGCCCGAUGACAUCGCCCACGGUUACGGCUGGUCCAUGUUCUGCGCCUGGGGCGGCCUGGGCCUCACGCUCAUCGCUGGCUUCUUCUGCACGCUGGCGCCAUCCGUGCAGCCGCCGCCGUCCCGUUCCGUGUGCCCCAAGACGCGGCCGGAGAACGGCACCGUGUGCUAAGGGCCACACGCCGCCGCCCCCGGAACCCGCCGACUCGGCAACCAGGACAAAUCAACAAAGCCUGCUACACGUUUAGAAUUAUUCCCAAUCUAUCUCGGCUAAAGACUACGGUAUUUUUAAUGUGUGUGUGUCUAACAAAUUUGAGACCCUGAUAGGGUCUUUCACAGAGACUGACCUUCUGUGCCGGAUGCCACAAACCGCCAGGAACCGCGGCAUGGCACGACGGUGUCUAUCCGCUCGCCGGUGAGGUCCCCGCCCACCCCAUGCCCAGUUUGAUGGGUGGUGGGAUGCGGAUGGAGGGGCAGUUCUGGCUGGUGGUGGUAUGGGGGGGGGGUGCUAUUUAACAGAAACACCACCCAUCGAAACGACAGACCUCCCCCGCGAUUAUGUCAACAGAGCCCCUGAAGCUGCAGGUCGAGCAAGACGUCUGACGUCAGGAACCAACCACCGCAGCGAGCAGAAACGCUCUGAGCAUUCGGGAGCGAACGAGAUUCGCAGUUUGGUGGGUUUUUCCUCGGACUGCGUUCAAGGAACAUGGAGACCCAGAAUGAGAAAGGCGGCAGCUGGGACAGGUAACCAGACUGUUUGGUGGAAAGCAGCGAACGUCGGGUGAAUCGGACAACCGCGGAGCAGAGGGGCGACCCGCCUUGUACAAAAAUGUAGAGUCUCCAGCGGGAUUAAAACUGAAAUCCCAUAUUUGAACGUUUUCAUGUCUGAGGUACAUCCCAUUCCGGCCCAGAGGGGCGCCUUUCCUUCUUAGGUUAUUCUCGCUUGUUUUCUAAGGGAAGCCACUCUUUUACCACAUGUGCGCGAGGUCUCCGAGCACCGCGUCAACUCCAUUCCACCGUUGUCAUAGCAGUAAGUACCUGUGGGUGUUUUACAAUUUCUGUAGAAAAAAAAAGUAUUGUAAAAAUAACAAUAUAACAAUUAAAAAAAAAAGAAAAGAUCAAGACCUGCCCAAGGAGAAAAUGUUGGGUAAUUCAUGAAAUGGAAAAUGAAAGGUGCAGUAUCCUGUUUGUACCAUGUAGCGGGUUCUUUGGCUGCCGGUGAGGGGGGGUUUAAUGUCAUGACAUGGGUGCCCCCGCUAUUUCUGACGGCAACACAUCCUCCCUUAUACCUCUGUCGUCUCCGACGCCUCGUAACAGCUCUAUGUCCCAUUCUGUGCAGAAAGAUGGUUCCAGAAACACCACCCGGCUACAAUCGAUGCUUUGUACCUGAAAACCCAGCAAACUGGAAACCAGUGUGGCAGCCUUUGACUUCCCACAGAAUGUUUAAUGCUGAAUGUGCCCGUCACCUCGGCCAGCUUCCUGGAGUCUGUCCCCAACAGCCGACGGCAUCCCAUGAAGGGGAUGUUGGCCCCUUCUAGGCCACAUACACACUGCAGGUCAUACACACUGCAGCUCAUACACACUGCAGCUCAUACACACUGCAGCUCAUACACUGAACUACAUGUCUUUGAAGCCCCAACACGUGUGAGGGAACAGUGCUACCCACUGUGCUGAACAUUUACAGGAGGAAGCAGGACCGUUAGAUGGUACAUUUGGGUCUCAUCAUGUGACUCAGCUACAUGUUGAAAAGAUUCACAAACAAUGAUAGCAUGUGGCCAAGCUAGCCAACACUAACAAGCCUAUGCCGUCCCAGGAGGGCAUAUAUAGCUAUAGCUGCUGGCUACUUCCCAGCGUUUAGACCGGAAUUUUGAAACGUAACAAUAAUAAAUCCUAAGCAGAGACUACAAGUCAAUCUGCUGAGAAAUUGCCAGAGUUUACAAUUUAAUAUGUGUUAAAUGGUGGUUGACAAUCAUAUCAGCUCCUGAAUUCUCUCUUUGGAGAAUCCUGUCCAAUUCUAGGUGAAAGCAGAGUGAAAUCUGUCAGGCUGUAUUUAGAAAUGCUCGGUAUUAGGCAUCAUCAAUGGUUGUUAUAAAGUAAUGUACAGUCUGGCUGUUUAAAGCAGAAUCUUGAGUUGGUAUUACAUUUAUGCGGGGUGUAAGCAAAGCUGGAACAGUUAGGGGAACUCAGGUUUCCAUCAGAUUACUUGGAAUGUUAUGAGCAAAUUUACGAUCCAUCACAAAAAGGCUUGGGUCUGGAAAAAGUUUAUUUUUAAGCAUCUGCCAUGGCGAUCUAAGCAUCAUAAGCUUGUAGCACCUUUGACCAAAGCCUAGAAUCUGCUGGAUUUCCUGACUCCGCUCAAAUCAAAGCCGGACCUUCAACGCUGUUCUCACAGGAAAAUAAAACCUCAAAUACCUACCUGAGGGGAUCUCUCCAUCUUUCCUCCAUGCAGCUAAUCAAGUACUGGGUCGUGGCGAUGCAAUUAGACAGUAAUGAGACUAACGAAUGGCUCAGCAGCCAGUGCUCUUAAUUUUUUUCUCUCUCUGAAGAACCUCCAUUAGAUAGGCAAGGUACGUGUCUCAUCUCCCAGGCAGAGCUCUGUGAGGGGCUAAUUAAACGCCCAGCUAGCGAUUCCUUACGGAUGCAUUCACAUCCAGACGGACCGUUUCCCUCCCGAUUCUCACGCCGCCAGAGCCAAAGCAGAGCCGUGGCUCGGACAUAUGAUGUCAUUUGUCACGGCAGCCUAAUUCUGGGGCGAGAUUUCAGCUGGAAAAGUGAUGUUGGCUUUGGAAAUGGUGCACCCUGCGAGCUGAACCUGGAAAAAGAGAGGGGGAGAGAGAGAAAGAGAGGGAGGGAGGCGUGGAGGACGAGGCAGAAGGCUCCUGCACAGAACAGACAGAACAGAACAGUCGCGUUUAGAUAAGAAUCAGCCGGCAGUGAAAGACAAUUGUAGUCAAUUAAUAUGCUGGAGCAAACUGGCUUUUUUAUUGAAGUAGAAAAAAUGGGUUUAAAGGGUCCGGAUGACAGGCCGCUAAACUGCGGGGGCUGCUGCCAUGGCAACCAGAGCGACAAACAGCUCAGCGGUGAUAGGAGGGUCGUGCCGGCCCCGUUCCCAGCAUUAGUCUUAAUUAGCUCAUAAAGUGACGUUUAAAAAGCCCCCCGGCGUGAACCGGGGAGCGACCUUGGGCGGCCCCCCGAGCGAGCGGCGUCCUCUCAGGACUCUGCACUUUCUCAACUUCACGACGCCCCGGAUAUUUUGAAAAGACUUUCGGUCGCAGGCAGCAAAGCAAGCUGCCGAGCGUGAAAUUACAAUAACCCGACUUGACACACUCCGCGUAAUGCGCAUUUCCCCUGCCCCACCCUCCCUGGAAGCAGACGGCAGAUAAAAGCCCGUCUCACGCCAUCGGAGACUUUCCGAGGACGGAGACGCAACGUGAUCAUUGUCCAACAGCUGCUGAUCCGGCAGAAAAAAUUUAAAUAAAACAACAGAGAGAACAGUAAACUCUGAAGAGCCUCAGCUGAAUACUUAAACAGACCACAUUUUUUUGCUUUUAAAUACUUUCUCUAAUUGUGUAGGAAAUUACAUGCAUUUCUAAAAACAUUCACUUUCACUUAGGGUGUAAGCCUCUUGCAGAUCCCUGGUUGAGUUGUGGCUGCCGUAUAUAUUGUGGUCUCUUGUAUGACCACAGCAGCAAAACUGAAGACCCUAACCCAAUUAUCCUGGGGUCUUUGGGGCUGCUAAUUAUUUCCCCUUAAUUAAACCAGAAAAAUAUCAAAAAGUAGCAUUGUACAGUUAGCAGUUCGUCUACAUCCAUUCUCACUUCAUAGUUGGUGUCAAGCAGUUACACAAGGGGUCAAUGGAGCGGGUGGAGUCUCAUUUGGUGUAGAAUACCCCAAGAGGAACACAGAAACAGAUACUGCAACUUUCAUUUCAACCAGUAUAAGAACCUGUCAAUCUUUUACAUCAGUAAUGUGUCUGUUGAGUAAACAAAAUAAAAACAAGAAAAAAUAAUUCCUGGAAAUGUUCAACUGUGGAAUGUAUAACCAUAAAAAAUUAAUAAAAUCUCAUUGGUGUGUUUACUUGUA